AUGUUUGGAUGUGGUCAUGGUUUACUUGCCCUCGUUGCUGAAAUCUUUAAUAAAGUUGCAUCAGUAUCUGACUGUGAUGAAUUGAGAUCCAGGGACAGACUGCAGCUUGACAGUCAAACUGGAUCUCUCACCAUCAAAAACACCAGCAAAGAAGACGCUGGAUUCUAUAAACUACUGUUCAACGGUGCAAAUCCCAAAUGCUGGAGAUACGAUGUUUCCGUCCAUGCUCAUCUACCUGUUCCUGUCAUCACCAAUAACUCUUUACAAUGUUCAUCAUCAUCAGAGUCCAGAUGUUCACUGGUGUGUUCAGUGUGGAAUGUGAGUGAUGUGACUCUCUCCUGGUACAAAGGAAUCAGUGUAUUGUCCAGCAUCAGUGUGUCUAAACACAACAACAGCAUCUCUUUAUGUCUGGAGGUGGAAUAUCAGGAUAACAACACAUACAGCUGUGUGAUCUACAAUCCCAUCAGAAACCAGACCACACAUCUGGACAACAUCAAGGAACUCUGUCCAGAUCAGAGCAACAAUCGCAUUCUGAUAAUAUGUGUGUCUGUUGCUGUCAUCGCUUUAAUUCUGGGACACUGUUUCUUCAAGCGUAAACAAGCAAGACAAGAGGCUUGUGGUUGA